CUCGUCUUGUUCGCUCAAAACACCCUCACUUUAUUUUUCCAUCUCAAAUUCAGGAAGCGAACAAGGACCAUGGAUCGUUACAGCAUCGAGAACGAGGGCCUUGCCGGUCAGGCUGGAGCUCAUUCGAGCGGCGACAGUACCUUCACCCAUAAUCAACAGGAGCGAGAGGGCAUCAGGGCUUUCCUGCCUCCUGGUUUCGACUCUCUAGAAGAAUACCUCGCUUGUCUGCAAUCAUUCCUCGCCAGCUAUGAACCUAUCACAAAUCUUAUGAUCGUCGACUAUUUUACCACCAACUCGUGGGAAACUCGGAUGCCCAAGGACUGGAGGGAUGCGUUCGAGUCCGAACAGGGCAAGCUCAGCUCGCUGGAUCUCAUGGAACUCGUCAGCCUAGGAAAGCUACGAGACCUUAAUACAACGCGGUCAAAUUCAACAGCUACUGGAUCUGAAAGCCCAGCUCCACAGGAUUGGCCAGAGUCUUUGAAAGAGUUUGUGCGAAUGGUCAAGAAAUUGUCCAUCAACCGUACGCUGGAUCCGGAUUUCACAAAGUUCAAAAACACGCUCGAUAGCCAUCUGACCCCUGGCAUGUCACCCAAGAAACUGCACGAGGUCGAGAUUCUGAGCGGACUAAUCGCCUUGUACGCAAAAGAGCACGCAAUUGGAUCGGUCAUUGAUCUGGGCGCAGGACAGGGUUACUUGAGUCGGGUCUUGGCUUUCCAGCACCAUCUCCGUGUAUUGGGCAUCGAUUCAAAUACGAUUCAGACAUGCGGAGCCCAGACGACACAAAAACGGACGGAGAAGCUGUUUGUGAACAAGUCCAAACUCAAGAGUUCGGGUGCAGGCAACAAAAAGUCAUCGUUGACAUCCUCAGCAAUAAAACAAAAUCGACAAAGCCGAGUAUCGACGCCAGCCUCGUCUUCAUCAACACGAGAAGCACCAUCACCAGCAAUAACGGGCGAAGAACCCUUGGAGACAUCUAUAUCAUCCUUGCAAGUUGUCGCAUCCACAUCCACCGACGCCACGCCCGAAUGCGCGAUUUCCAAGCCGUGCAAAACGAUCAAGGCGGGCUCACGAUCCAGGAGUAGCAGCCCAGCAGAGUGUCUAAGAAGAAGCAACAGCAGCAAUUCAUGUAAAAGGUCGAACCGCAGCAAGAGAGCGAAAGCAAAGAAGGAUGAACAGAGUAUACCCAGCUCAAGAAGCAGCAGCCCUGAAAUUCCAGUAGGAUCAACAGCAUGUUCAGCAUCCAUACAAGCUUCAGCAUCCAUACAAGCUUCAACAUCACCAUUAGGACCAGCUUCUACACAGUCUGUAUCAGUACCUGGGGAUCCUGCAUUAGUAUCCAUAUCCUCAUGUCCGACAACAGCAUCUCUGUGCGAUACCCAGUUCUCUGCAACCGAUAAGCAACAACAGAGUCAAAGCCCAGCUACGAUCGAUUCGGCAAACGAUCCAGAUCUGGCAACGACGCCUGGCAGCAAUUUCCAACUGCAGCACAUCACUCAUCAUAUCACAGCCUCUACAUUGCCCACACUGCUCAAGGAGCAUUUUCCCAAGAAAUCAAAACCACUCACGCACUGCGAAGGAAACAGUGACCUUGACGGGUAUCACAAGGACGACGCGGAAGAGGAAGGACGGUGGACGCUCUGUGGACUGCACGCCUGCGGAGACUUGACUAGCAACAUGAUCAAGCUGUAUCUCGAGAGCUCCGCGACAUGCCUCUUUAGCGUUGGAUGCUGUUACCAUUGCAUUACAGAGAAGUUUGAUAAAGAUGGGAAUAUCGCCAUUUCUGACGGAACACAUGGAUUCCCGUUAAGUGCGGCGUUCAAUCGGCACAAGGCUCAUCUGGGUGAGCAUGCAAAGAUGACUGCUUGCCAAUCUCCAGAACGAUGGCUCAAGUACCGAAAGGAAACCGAAGACGCUAUUCAUGGCCACUACUUCCGCGCACUUCUUCACAAAUUAAUGGUGGAAAGGGGCCUUUAUCCUGGUCCACCGAUGAUCGCGCCCGUUCUCGGUAGGAUGGGGAAGCAUCGACUCAAGGGAUUCCCACACUAUCUCUCCAUUGCAAUCGAUCGCCUCGAACUCCCUAUUGACGUUAUCCGACCCGAAGAAGCUCAGGCAGCAUACGAAGAGUUCUUAGAAAAGGAUUUGUACAGGAUCGGGAUUCUUUGGGCACUCAGGACCAUGCUGGGACCACUUUUUGAGGGCAUGAUCCUUCUAGACAGGGCCACGUAUCUGCACGAAAGCGUUGUCGGAAACGGGGACAAGAGCAAUGGAAACAAGGGAUUGGUGCAGCUGGUGGCAGGAUUCGAUGUUGUGGAGAGUCCCAGGAAUAUGAUCCUUAUUGCGAUCAAGGACUAA